AUGGCUAUUCCUACUCCUUCACCAGUUACUGUUCCUUUACGUCGGUCUUCUAGAGUUACCCGACCACCUGUUUGGACAGCUGAUUACAUCUAUUCCACUAUGGAAGCUUCUCACCAUGAUUGGCCACUCCAUCAGAUGGACGUUCAUAAUGUUUUUCUCCAUGGGGAUCUUGAUAAGGAGAUUUACAUGGAUAUUCCUCCCGGUCUUCGCAAUCAGGGGGAGAAUCUUUGGAAUGCAAAGUUUACAGAAGCUCUCACAACCAUUGGAUUCACUCAAUCCAAACUUGAUUAUGCGCUAUUCUCCAAACAAAAGGGUGAGUCUUUCAUCAAUCUCAUAGUUUAUGUUGAUGACAUUCUCAUUACAGGAAACGACGAGAAAGUAAUCAUAGAAUUGAAAGAGUAUUUUCACAAUACAUUCCACAUUAAAGAUUCAGGGGCACCAAAGUUUUUUCUGGGUAUUGAGAUUGCUUGUUCCUCAGAAGGAAUAUCUCUCAGCCAAUGGAAGUAUGUGUUUGAACUCAUUGCAGAUUCAAGGCUAGCCACAUGCAAGCCAAGCAUCAUUCCUGUAGAGCAAAAUGUUAAGCUUACCACACAAGAAUAUGAUGAGAAAAGCCAAAAUCCUGAGAUUGAUCUAUUAUUAAAAGAUAGCUCUAGCUAUCAAUGGCUUGUCAGAAGGCUCAUUUAUCUCACCAUGACUCGACCAUAUAUCAGCUAUGCAGUUCAAAUCCUCAACCAAUUCAUGCAUGCCCCAAAGCAAUCCCACAUGGAUGCAACAAUGAAGGUACUAAAAUAUUUGAAGGGUUGUCCAUGGUUGAGACUUCUUUUACCAAGGAAAGGAGACCUCAACAUCAUUGCGUAUUACGACUCAGAUUGGGGUUCAUGUCCAAUGACAAGAAGAUCCCUCAUUGGUUUUUGUGUUAAACUUGGCGGAUCACUUAUCUCAUGGAAAACAAAGAAGCAAUCUACCAUACCGCUCUCAUUAGCAAAGGAAGAAUACAGAGCCAUGCCCAAAACCACAUGUGAGGUCACAUGGAUUCUUGGACUAUUAAAGGAUCUAAAUCUACAAGUGGAGACACCGAUUAAACUAUAUUGCGACAACAAAACAGCCAAAGACAUCGCAAUCAAUCUAGUAUUUCAUGAAAGAACAAAACAUAUAGAGAUUGAUUGUCACUUUGUCAGAGACAAGAUACAGGUAUAA